AAGUAGCAACUAAUGGUUGAACUGCCAGAAGGUCUGCAUGCUCCUAUCAAUCUCGCAACACUCAAAAAAGCAUCAAGCAUGAUUAAAAAUCAUGAAUAUUGAAGAAACUCUUCUAUAUAAGUGAGGGAAGCUUUCUCAGAGGCCUUGGAUUUCAUCUUCAAUCUUUUACUUUGCCAAAAAUGGAUCCAAAGGUUAUGGGAAAGCCUCAUGCAGUGUGUGUACCGUUCCCAGCACAAGGCCAUGUGAACCCCAUGAUGCAGGUGGCCAAGCUUUUACACUCAAGAGGCUUCUACAUCACCUUUGUCAACACUGAGUUCAACCACAGACGCUUGGUUCGGAGCAAAGGGCAGGAGGACUGGGUUAAGGGCUUUGAUGAUUUCCGGUUCGAAACCAUACCAGAUGGGUUGCCACCAUCUGAUCGUGAUGCGACUCAAGAUCCUUCUAUGCUCUGUUAUUCCAUUCCAAAGCACUGUCCGGCUCCGUUUCAAAAUCUAUUAGGUAAGCUGAAUUCAUUGCCAGAAGUGCCUCCAGUUACACGCAUAGUUUCAGAUGGGGUCAUGAGUUUUGCCAUAAAAGCCGCAGAAGAACUAGGUAUACCUGUGGUUCAAUUCUGGACUGCUUCAGCUUGUGGCUUCAUGGGAUAUCUGCACUAUUCUCAACUCAUCCAAAGAGGAAUUGUCCCAUUCAAAGAUGAGACCUUCAUUAGCGAUGCCACUCUUGAUACACCUAUAGAUUGGAUACCAGGCAUGCCAAACAUCCGACUCAAGGACAUCCCAAGCUUUAUUAGAACCACAGAUCCCAACGACACCAUGCUUAAUUACUUGGGAGAUGAAGCACAGAAUUGCUUGAAAGCUUCAGCAAUCAUCAUCAACACGUUUGAUGCUUUCGAACAUCAAGUAUUAGAAGCAAUAGUGUCAAAGUUCCCUUCCAUUUACACUAUAGGCCCGCUUUCAUUGCUCACUUCUGUCGCCCCCAAGAGCCAGUUAACUUCAUUUAGGCCAAGCUUGUGGGUGGACGAUACAACAUGUCUUGAAUGGCUUGACCAAAGAGAACCCAACUCAGUUAUUUAUGUGAAUUACGGGAGCGUGACGGUGAUGUCUGAUCAGCACUUGAAGGAGUUUGCAUGGGGGCUUGCCAACAGUCAAUACUCAUUUCUAUGGAUAGUUCGACCCGAUGUUGUAAUGGGGGAUUCCGCAGUAUUGCCUGAAGAAUUUCGUGAGGAGACUAAGGAUAGAGGAUUGCUAGCGAGCUGGUGUCCACAAGAACAAGUGCUCUCUCACCCAUCUGUUGCUGUUUUUCUAACACAUUCUGGGUGGAAUUCUACACUGGAAACUAUAUGUGCAGGCGUGCCAGUGAUUUGCUGGCCAUUCUUCGCAGAGCAACAAACCAAUUGUCGAUAUGCAUGUACAGAGUGGGGGAUUGGUAUGGAAGUUAAUCAUGAUGUAAAGCGCCAUGACAUUGAAGCACUUGUUAAGGAAAUGAUGGAAGGGGAAAAAGGGAAACAAAUGAAGAAAGCAGCUAGGGAAUGGAAGAAGAAAGCAGAAGAAGCAACUGGUGUCGGAGGGUCAUCUUACAAUAACUUUGACAGACUCAUCAAGGAAGUUCUGCACCAUGGAUCAUAAAUAAACCAAGUAGGGGCAAGGCAGAAGUAAUCUGCAGCAUUUGAAUCAUAUUUACCAUGUUGAAAAUUUUUCGACAGUGAAGAUUGUUUUUAAUAUUUCGAAUUUGAA